AUGAAAUUUUCUAACUAUUAAAAUCAAAAAAAUGCUUAUCAACUGUAAAUUCAUAAAAGUUAAAACUCCAUCCAUUAUCAUAAAAAAUCAUUUUAAAAUGCACGGAAAUUUUAUUAAAUGUACUUUAUUAGCUGCUAUAGAUAGUAAAUCAAAUAUAUUUUCCAGAUUGUUGCCUUCAAAAACCCUCUUUAUUUAUAUAUUUUUUUUUUCUUCCAAAUGAUUUAGAAAUAAUAAAAGUCUAAGAUAAUUGAUUACUACAAUAUCAAAUUUAAAAAUAGAAUCAAUUAAUAUCAUUAAAGUACAAAUUUCGAUUAGUUAAUUUUAAAUUAAUAUAAUUAGACACCUACAAAGAAGGAAAAUAGCUUUCUCCUUUUCUUCUUCUAUUUUUACCGUAAUAUAAAUUUUUUUGAUUCCCCACUCAAUUAAAAAAUUAGUAUUAAAUUUCUGCCUAUUUACGAAAACUUAUAAUUGAUUUAAAAAUAAAUAAAAUAACUUGCUUGUUCAAUCAACUAUUCAAAAGGAAAAAUUUGGAUAAUAUUAAAUACUUUGAAAAUUCAUUUAAAUACAUACACUAUUUAUCAAUCAACGCUGUUGAGUUGUAAUAAAAAAAAAUUGUCCCAUAAACUUCUCGGUAUACUCAAGUGA